CGAAACGGUCACACUGCGCGUCUAUCACAUUUUUGGUCGAAUCGAAUUGCAUUGACUUCAAUUGUUUUACGUAUUUGCCGAAUAAAUCAAAAUGCCAGCGGUUGUGCGUAUAAAGCGGCGCAUCGACGAGGAACCCCACACAGCAUUUGUGCUAAAUGGCAAGCGGAGGCGCCUCCAAAACGAUGAGAAUGCUCUGGAUGAUGCGGGGGAGGUGGCGGGAGCGGUGGCAUCAGACAAAGACGAGCUGACCACCGUGCUCAAGUUUGCCGGCACGCUGGAAAAGCAGGAUGACUGUGCCACUCGACAAUUCGCGGCUGCCAGACUGAACAAAACCACGGCCCGUGAGUUGGUGCAGCAGCAGCGAUCCAAUGAUGCAGCCAUCGCAAGUGCCCUGCGGCGGGAUCGGCAGCGCCAGGAGGCUCAGCAAUACGCCCGAGAGCAGCGUUUCCGGGUGGUGAACUGUCUACGCAGUACUCUCGAGGAUAAUGCCAGUGAAUCUGAAUUCUCGGAGAACCAGAACGAGGAACCCCAGCCCAGCAAACGUCACAUAACCAUUGUGGACAUUGAAUCGCAACAGCAGCAACAGCAAACGGGAUCAGAGAAUCCAGCAGUUCAAAAUCAGCAACAGAUUAUAGAGCCCACCCAUGAUCAGCAACAGCCCGCCGAUUCCGAUGUGGGUUAUGUUUACGAUCUAUAUGUUCCCGAGAACGAGAUGCAGGCGGCCUAUGUCGAUAUGAUGGAUGACAACUAUCUAAGGUUGUAUUAUCCGUUUAAUUACUACAACAACUGCUACUGGUAAACAUGACAAAAACAAAGAGAGAGAGAGAGAGAGACAAAGCCCAGGCAAUUAAGAAGUGUGAUGACACCCUACACUUCACCCACGACAAUAAAAAAAGGACUGCAACUGGCUACUCACAUCACAAAUAGUUCAUUUAUAUCAGCAUCUGACAAAUGCCUAAACACUACCCAAUGAAUGGUUUGAUUUUAUGAGGUUAACGAGGCAUGAACUAAAAACCAUUUCAAUCGACAUUUCUAUUAGAAAAUCUGAAAAGUACAUUUUAAUCUGUUAACAAAACUGUGUUUGUGAGAUUCUGUACAAUUUUAAUAAAAGUGUGUUAUCCCAUAUUCCAAUUUAAAAAUAUGUUAUAAUAAACAAAAAAGAAUUUAUUUAAAUAAUGUAUCAUA